AUCAGUUGAGUGACAUCCGCGUGUUUUGAAGCGUGCCAACGAAGCGUGUGCAUAACAAACGUAACAUGCGAAAUAAAUACGGACAAAACAUAAAAUGAAGCCGAGAAAAGACGUACUCGAGUUGUUCGCGGACGCUCGACAACGUAAAUCGUAUGUGAAAAUAAGCGCUCCAAUGGUGCGUUACAGUAAGCUAGAAUUUCGCACUCUUUUACGGCACAAUGGGGUGGAACUUUGCUUCACACCAAUGAUCAUCGCGGAUUCGUUUUGUCGAAGUGAUUUGGCUCGUCAGAAUGAGUUCACAACGAACGGAGACGAUACCCCUCUUAUAGUACAAUUUGCCGCCAAGGACUCUGUCCAGCUCCUAACCGCCGCGGAGAUGGUACAUCCAUAUGCGGAUGGCGUUGAUCUCAAUUGUGGCUGCCCCCAGCGCUGGGCGAUCUCAUCCGGAUACGGUUGUGCUACGCUGAAAACCCCUGAACUGUUGCACGAUAUGAUUCGGACACUAAAACGUAACCUACCAGGCAAGUUCACCGCAUCCGUGAAAAUGAGGCUUCUUCGGAAAGAUGACACCGGGUCAACGGUAGAACUUUGUCGCAGGAUAGAGCAAUGCGGAGCGUCGUUUAUUACAAUUCAUGGAAGGACGCCAUGGGAGAAAACUUGCGAACCUGUAGACUUAGACGCCGUGGCGAGUAUAAAACGUGCACUAAACGUACCUGUCGUCGCGAAUGGCAACAUUCGAACAUUGGAGGAUGCUGAUCGUGCUUUCGAGUUAACCCAAUGCGAGGGGAUAAUGGCAGCUCGAGGGCUACUCGCGAAUCCAAGUCUCUACACUGGGACUGCUGUCACUCCAGUAUCGUGUGUAGAGGACUGGGUCUCCCUUGCACGAAGGGCCGGCCACCAAAUGACCUUCCAAUGCUUCCAUCACCACCUCACCUUCAUGACUGAGAAGUUAAUAAGGCGAAAGCAGCGCGUCGUGCUCAACAACAUUACGCGGAGUGACGAUGUCUUGGAUUUCCUAAGGAAGGAGUUGAGCGUCGCAUUGUCCGAUAGCGAUGAGCCACGUAUUCCAUUUAGUGAUUACCUCCAAUGCAAGUACGAUGAUACACUUUACGAAACCAAAAAAGUAAACGGUCUGGACGACCAAUCGCCAUCGCCCGUUUAUACACAACAGGGCCAUGGAAAGAUUUAUGCAGAGUACACGGCAAGAAGCUGUGAAGAGCGUCAGCCACCGCUGCAGCUCUGUUCCAUGGGGGACAAGUCGCUGUUCGACGAGCGCACGGAAAUGUGACAUGAAACUUCAAUUAUUGUACUAAAAACCGCAAUUUAUUCCUUAGUAAUUUACAUAUUUCAAUCUUUCAGUAUUUAGUUCUCUUUUUUUUAAGAAAAGAAAAAACAAAAUUUCGAACAAGGUUUGUUUCUUAGUAAUAUAAAACAAAGUAUAUAUUUAUAUAAAAUUGAAAAUAAAUCGUUCUUAUUCUUCCUCCAUUCAAUCAAGAUCCGUGCAUCAUCGCUAUAUUUCUAUAGAUCAAAACAUCGGACUUAUGGCGUUGUAUACAAUUUCAUAUUAUGUCAGUUCAAACUUCAAAAAGGCGGAAAAUACAUUUUAUAAUCGAAUCGAAGGAUAACUACAUGCUCUCUGGGUUUAUUCUCAUUCCGUUUUGUUCUUGCUUUUUGCAUUUCUCUCCAUCUCCCAGGGAACCUGGGUGAGUCAUUAGUUUAUUCGAUACCAAAUCAUGAUUGUUUCAAAUAUCGCUUUUGCUGUUUCUUUAACUAAAAAUAGUAAACUUAAUAAUUAGGAAAACAAGUACAUGUAAAUGACACUAAAGACUUGUAGAAAAUUCAAAUCUUCGAACCACACACAAGAGAAACUAUAAAGUAUGCUCAAUUAUGAUUUGCUUAGUCUAAAAUGUCUCAGUAAUAUACUUUGCUCUUGAUAUACGGGUAAUAUCUUGAUUUAUUUUCUCUUCAUGUGAUCGACCGCAAGUAUAUUCUCUAUUUCAUUUAGA